UCACUUACAACGCCAAACUUUUUUCCAAAUUAGCUCCAUAAUAUCGACAGAAACAUGGCAAAUGUUGUUUAGAAUCAAUCCUCAAGGUGUUUUUCACAUAUCUAUUCGAUAAUCUAUCAGUGGUGGCAGUUGGCUUCUCAUCAGAAGCAAACGGAAAAAUACUGCAGCUGGAGAUUACGCAAUAAUUGCGACGGAGGACACCAAGCGACCACCUGGUAGAUGUAGUCUCUUAUGGUCAAUCUUCCAAUGAUAUGCCUACAAAUACGUCACAAUGCUGUCGACACCUUGGGGAAGCGACAGAAAGCCUAAGCUCAUUCGUGGCCCAUUCACAGCCAUAUAAGGAGUCAUUGGCAUGAUGCGAUUUUUAUCUGUUUUUUUUUCUGUAACAUCAGUUCUGUGGCACUCACAGACAAUAUCUUUGCAGUUUUGGAAACAUCAGAGUGUUUUCUUUCCAAAGCUGUCAAUUAUAUCCAUAGUCAAGCAUCUUUUCGUGACAAAAUAUCUUGUUUUAAACGGGAACGUUUUUCAUCCAAAAAUUAAAAUAGCGCCCCCUAUAUCCAAGAAGUUAAGGCACAUGUUCCAGGAGGCAUUUCUGCCAAAAAAACGCAUUUUGCUAAAAAAAAAGAUGAUGUUGAAAUGGCUCUCGUGUGAAGUAGUGACCCGCGACAUACACCUAGUUUCCUGAAACGGGUAUAUUUCAGAAAAAGGCUCAGUGUUGUUAUCCUCACAAAGUGGGGUAUUGAAAACAGUGGUGUCAAUACCUUUCUAAGAUUUGUUUUAUUACUUGUUAAACAUAUAUUUCACUGAGCACUUAUUGGUAGAAAAUAAUAUAAUUUUCCGCAUUUUUGGAGCACACAAUGUAGCUGAGUAUUUGAAUGAUUUAUUUUAUGCAGGCAUUUUUGCUCAUAUUUAUCAAGGGUGUCAAUUUCAGGACCUCCACUGUAUGUGUAUAAAUAUAUGUCAGGUGUAUAUCUGCGGGGAAAGUGUGGAAGCCAAGCAGGCAGUGAUAGCGGUAGCCAUCAAGCUGGGUUUCAGUGCCCUGGACCGGGAUUUCUCUCAGUGGCCCGGGAGCUGGAGGACUUCCCCCUACAGCUGUUCCCCCAGUGGAGGCUCCCCUGCGCAUCGCCAUUGGCCUCAGUGCUGCCUUCUUCUUCUACCUGCUGAUCAGAGACAUCAUCUAUGCAUACGUCACCCAGAGCAAAGACAUCUCCUUCAGAAUCAUGGUCUCACUGGCCAACAAGGUGUGUCCCAUCGUGUCUCUGAUCAUGCUGUCUCUCUGUUACCUGCCUGGUGUCCUGGCUUCCUUCCUGCAGCUCUACAGAGGCACCAAGUACAGGUCAGUCCUUUGUGUGUAUGUGAGUGUGGUUGCAUACAUGUAUGUUUAAUCAAUGUUGUGUACUUACAGUUGAAGUCAGAAGUUUACAUGCACUUUGGUUGGAGUCGUGAAAACUCGUUUUUCAACCACUCGGGGCAGCUCGGGACUGAGGAAGCUCAGGACAGAGAAGAAGCUCAGGACUGAGAGGAAGCUCAGGACUGAGAGGAAGCUCAGGCAGGUUGAUAAAUCGAGCAGAUCCUGGCUGGCUGGCGGUUCCGGCAGAUCCUGGCUGGCUGGCGGUUCCGGCAGCUCCUGGCUGGCUGGCGGUUCCGGCAGUUACUGGCUGGCUGGUGGUUCCGGCAGAUCCUGUCUCGCUGGCGGUUCCGGCAGAUCCUGGCUGAAUGGCGGAUCCUGGCUGACUGGCGGAUCUGGAAGAUCCUGGCUGACUGGUGGAUCCUGGCUGACUGGCGGAUCCUGGCUGAAUGGCGGAUCCUGGCUGACUGGCAGUUCUGGCGGAUCCUGGCUGAAUGGUGGAUCCUGGCUGACUGGCAGAUCCUGGCUGAAUGGCAGAUCCUGGCUGACGGGCGGUUCCGGCAGAUCCUGGCUGAAUGGCGGAUCCUGGCUGACUGGCGGAUCUGGAAGAUCCUGGCUGACUGGUGGAUCCUGGCUGACUGGCGGAUCCUGGCUGACUGGCAGUUCUGGCAGAUCCUGGCUGAAUGGUGGAUCCUGCCUGAAUGGCGGAUGCUGGCUGACUGGCGGAUCCGGCAGAUCCUGGCUGAAUGGCGGAUUCUGGCUGAAUGGCGGAUCCUGGCUCCCCCUCCUUAGCGUCCCUUGAGUGGCAACCCUCGCCGCUAACCUUGGCCUAGGAACCCUAACAACGGGCCACACUGGACUGAGGGGCAGCUCCGGACUGAGGGGCAACUCGGGACCGAGGAAGCUCAGGACUGAGAGGAAGCUCAGGACUGAGAAGAAGCUCAGGACUGAGAGGAAGGUCAGGACUGAGAAGAAGCUCAGGACUGAGAGGAAGCUCAGGCAGGUUGAUAAAUCGAGCAAAUCCUGGCUGGCUGGUGGUUCCGGCAGACCCUGGCUGACUGGCGGUUCCGGCAGACCCUGGCUGACUGGCGGUUCCGGCAGACCCUGGCUGAAUGGCAGAUCCUGUCUGAAUGGCGGAUCUGGCGGCGCUGGGCAGACUGGCGGCACUGGCGGCGCUGGGCAGACUGGCGGCACUGGCAGCGCUGGGCAGACUCGCGGCACUGACGGCACUGGACAGACUGGCGGCGCUAGGCAGACUGGUGGCGCUAGGCAGACUGGCGGCGCUGGGCAGACUGGCGGCGCUGGGCAGACUGGCGGCGCUGGGCAGACUGGCGGCACUGGGCAGACUGGCGGCACUGGGCAGACUGGCGGCACUGGGCAGACUGGCGGCACUGACGGCACUGGACAGACUGGCGACGCUGCGCAGACGGGUAGCUCAGGCGGCGCUGGGCAGACGGGUAGCUCAGGCGGCGCUGGGCAGACAGGUGGCUCAGGCGGCGCUGGGCAGACUGGCGGCACUGGCGGCGCUGGGCAGACUGGUGGCACUGGCGGCGCUGGGCAGACUGGCGGCACUGACGGCGCUGGACAGACUUGCGGCGCUAGGCAGACUGGUGGCAAUGGGCAGACCGGCGGCGCUGGGGAGACUGGCGGCGCUGGGCAGACUGGCGGCGCUGGGCAGACUGGUAGCACUGGGUAGACUGGCCGCGCUGGGUAGACUGGCGGCACUGACGGCGCUGGGCAGACUGGUGGCGCUGGGCAGACUGGCGGUGCUGGGCAGACUGGCGACACUGACGGCGCUGGGCAGACUGGCGGCGCUGGGCAGAGACGGGUAGCUCAGGCGGCGCUGGGCAGAUUGGUAGCUCAGGCGGCGCUGGGCAGACAGGUGGUUCAGGCGGCGCUGGGCAGACUGGCGGUGCUGGCAGUGCUGGGCCGACUGGCGGCGCUGGGCAGACGGGUGGCUCAGGCGGCGCUGGGCAGACGGGUGGCUCAGGCGGCGCUGGGCAGACUGGCGGCACUGCCGGCGCUGGGCAGACUGGCGGCACUGGCGGCGCUGGGCAGACUGGCGGCACUGGCGGCGCUGGGCAGACUGACGGCGCUGGGCAGACUGGCGGCACUGACGGCGCUGGGCAGACGGGUAGCUCAGGCGGCGCUGGGCAGACAGGUGGCUCAGGCGGUGCUGGGCAGACUGGCGGCACUGGCGGCUCUGGGCAGACUGGUGGCACUGGGUAGACUGACGGCACUGGGCAGACUGGCGGCGCUGGCGGCGCUGGGCAGACUGGCGGCGCUGGUGGCGCUGGGCAGACGGGUAGCUCAGGCGGAGCUGGACAGAGAAGCUCUGGCGCCUCUGGACUGAGGGGCUCUGGCGCCUCUGGACUGAUGGGCUCUGGCGCCUCUGGACUGAGGGGCGGAAACUCUGAUAGCACCGGACAGGCGGGAGCACCUGUGUUGAUGGAACGGAGAGACAGCCUGGUGCGGGGUGCCGGCACUGGUGGUACCGGGCUGGACACACACACCUUAGGGCGAAUGCCUUGCAUACUACACCAAAUCAACUCCUCUCUCUCUUCACACUCCCCCAAUUCUAUUAACACCUCCUCGAGUGUCUCCUCAUCUCCCAUCCGUUCACUCUCCUCCAUUCUGUCCAAUAACUCCUCGACCCCCUCAGACUCAGCCCUCAGCUUCGCCGAUAGCUCCGAUAACAUCCAUGGCUCCUUACGGUUAACAGGGGAAGUUGGCUCAGGUCUGGCUCCUGCCUCUGCCACACUCUCCCUGUGCCCCCCCCCAAGAAAUUUUUGGGGGUGACUCUCGGGCUUCCAGCCGCUCUGCCGUGCUAGCUCUUCAUAAUGUCGCCUCUCUGCUUUCGCUGCCUCCAGCUCGGCUUUGGGGCGGCAAUAUUCCCCUGGCUCUGCCCAGGGUUCUUUCCCGUCAAGGAUCUCCUCCCAAGUCCACUUCUCCAAAUAGAGCAGCCUCUCCCACUGCUGCUGCUGCUGUUGCUCCUGCUUCUGCUUCUCCUGCUGCUGCUUCUGCUGCUACCUCUGCAGCUGCUGCUGUUGCUGCUGCCUCUGUUUACCACGCCGCUUGGUCCUUGGUUGGUGGGUAAUUCUGUACUGGUUUUCUUGUGGGGAAAGAGAGGUAGACCAAAAUGCAGCGUGGUUAGUUUUGUGCAUCUUUAAUAAAGAUGAAAGUACUACAAUUUACAAAACAAGAACCGUGAAAAAACCAAAACAGUUCUAUCUGGUGCCACAAACACAAAGACAGGAACAAUUACCCACAAAACCCAACACAAAACAGGCUACCUAAAUAUGUUUCCCAAUCAGAGACAAUGACUAACACCUGCGUCUGAUUGAGAACCAUAUCAGGCCUAACCUAGAAAUGGACAAACCAGACACACAACAUAGAAUGCCCACCCAGCUCACGUCCUGACCAACACUAAAACAAGGAAAACACACACGAACGAUGGUCAGAACGUGACACAAACUAUCUCAAUUUGGUUGUGGUCGAGGGAUUGUGGAGGCCAGGUCAUCUGAGGCAGGACUCCAUCACUCUCAUUCUUGGUAAAAUAGCCCUUACACCGCCUGGAGGUGUGUUGGGUCAUUGUCCUGCUCCUUUGCACCCCAGUAUCUCUACUUGCGCAUUCAUCUUCUGCACAUCUAUCACUCCAGUGUUUAAUUGCUAAAUUGUAAUCUUACCUCAUUUGUACACAUUGUAUAUAGAUUUUUUUUCUUCCCUAUUGUGUUUUUGACUGUACAUUUGUUUAUUCCAUGUGUAACUCUGUGUUGUUGUUUGUGUUGCACUGCUUUGUUCAUCUUGGCCAGGUUGCAGUUGUAAAUGUAUGAUGUAAUGUAAAUGUAAAUGAGAACUUGUUCUCAACUGGCCUACCUGGUUAAAUAAAGUUGAAAAUUUAAAUCAAAUAAAUGAUAGUCCCACUAAACCCAAACCAGAUGGGAUGGUGUAUCGCUGCAGAAUGCUGUGGUAGCCGUGUUUGUUAAGUGUGCCAUGAAUUCUAAAUAAUUCGCAGACAGUGUCACCAGCAAAACACCCCCACACUAUAUCACCUCCUCCUCCAUGCUUUACGGUGAGAAACACACAUGCGGAGAUGAUCCGUUCAACCACACUGCGUCUCACAAAAACACAGCGGUUAGAAACAAAAAUCUCUAAUUUGGGCUCAAGACCAAACAACAAAUUUCCACUGGUCUAUUGUCCAUUGCUCGUAUUUCUUGGCCCAAUCAAGUCUCUUCUUAUUAGUGUCCUUUAGAAGUCGUUUCUUUGCAGCAAUUAAACUAUGAAAGCCUGAUUCAUACACUCUCCUCUGAACAGUUGGUUUAGAUGUGUCUGUUAUUUGAACUCUGAAGCAUUUAUUUGGGCUGCAAAUAUGAGGCUAGUAACUCUAAUGAAUUUAUCCUCUGCAGCAGAGGUAACUCUGGGUCUUCCAUUCCUGUGGUGGUCCUCAUGAGAGCCAGUUUCAUCCUAGCGCUUGAUGGUUUUUGCGACUGCACUUGAAGAAACUUUCAAAGUUCUUGGCAUUUUCUGGAUUAACUGACCGUCAUGUCUUAAAGUAAUGCUGGACUGUUGUUUGUCUUUGCUUAUUUGAGCUGUUCUUUCCAUAAUAUGGACUCAGUCUUUUACCAAAAACU